CCCAGCGCUCUGAACGUGUGCCAUACCCGGUUGGUAUCUUGCACGGUUAAGGCCUGAAAAAUAAUCGCUCCACCAUGCUGGGCCGUCUCCUAAUCGCCAUCACCGCUUGCCAUGCGCUGAUCACUCCCCGGCUGCUGGUCCAAAGAGCGCCAGCCCUAAAGAGCACCGUCGCCGACGCCGUAAACAAGGGGAAGGCGGAAAAGGGCAAGGUCUCGUUCCUCAAGACGGCCUAUCCCGUCGCGAGCGCGGCGACGACGCUCGCGUGGACGGCCUGCGCGAUGCAGGCGCUGGGCACGCACCCUCGCUUAACCUUACCGCCUCUCCACACGCGGCUCACGAUCGCGCAAGCGCUCGUCCCGCUGCCGCUGGUCUGGGCUUCUUGCGACGCGCUGAAGGCUGCUGCCGAAGUGGGCUGGUCACGCCUCCAAUCCGCCACUUACCGCCGACUUAAUUUAGCGUUAUGCGCGUCGUCGUUGUGGCUCGCGUCGGCGUGCUGGUUCGCCCCGGCGUUCACGGGCGCCACCACGGUCACCUACGCGUGUAAAUUGAAGGCCGGCGCCACAGCUAUCCAUCUGGCGACGGCCGGUAUCGCCGCGGGCGCCUGGUUCGAGUCGAGCCCGGGUUCGUUACUCCAAGCGCCGGGCCGCGUCGUCAAGGGACUGGCGGGGUCGGUCAUGUCGCUCGUGCCGCCCGGCGGCGACAAGCUCGCCGACCCGGACAGCGCCGAGGCCAAGGUCGUGGCGCCGGCCCUAUUGACUGCGGCGCUCGGCGCCUGGACGUGCGCGGCGCUGGCGGCGCCGUUCCCGACGGCGACGCUGCCCUACGCCCUCGGCCGCCGCCUCUCGCGGGCCGCCGGCGCGCACACGCUGCUCGCCUGCGCGGCGGCCUACUGCGUCCGCGACGCCGAGGUCCGCGGCCGGUCCGACGCGUCGACCUUUGUGAAGCUGCGCAAGGGCCUGCGCGCCGUCGGCGUGCUCCACCUCCUCUGCUUCGCGGCCAAGGUCGCUUUUGAUGAUUGGUCCCAGUACCCCGCGGCAUCAACAAAGCCGAUCCUCUCAGUCGCCUCGCUCGCGACGUACGCGGCCGCCGCAGCUAUCUAG